GGCAGAGCGGCUCCGUGAGCUACUCUCCACUUUCCCAUAGAGAAACCCUGACUGGCCACUGAGGGCGAGCUACACACACGCCCUCAAGCCCGGCGAGCCCGCGAGGUCACUAUCGUAUGACAGAGUCUUUGCUGCAGUUCAUCUUCCUCCCUGUGUACUUUCCAUUUGCCUUCCCGGAAUCCUGCUGCAUCACAGAAGCUGGAAGUUCUGAUGUUCUAUUGAGCUCACAAUGGAAAGUCUUGACUUGACCGGCACCCUCAGGAAGAUCCCAAGCCUCUAGCAGUACCUGGUAUCAUCUCCAGCAUGUUUAUAGAUGUGGAGGAGUCACUGGGAUAUUGAGACAUACCAGAGGCGAUUUGUUCCACUGUAGUCUUAGUAAUGAAAGGCAGUAAUAGAAAUAAAGAUCAUUCAGCAGAAGGAGAAGGGGCUGGAAAAAGACCAAAAAGAAAGUGUCUUCAGUGGCAUCCAUUACUAGCAAAGAAACUUCUUGAUUUUUCAGAAGAAGAAGAAGAGGAAGACGAAGAGGAAGAUAUUGAUAAGGUUCAACUUCUUGGGACUGAUGGCCUAGAGCAAGAUGUUGGUGAGACUGAAGAUGAUGAAUCUCCAGAACAGCGAGCCCGGAGACCAAUGAAUGCAUUUCUCUUAUUUUGCAAACGCCAUCGCUCCCUUGUACGUCAGGAACACCCCAGGCUUGAUAACCGAGGUGCUACCAAGAUACUAGCUGAUUGGUGGGCUGUUCUGGAUCCUAAAGAAAAGCAGAAAUACACAGACAUGGCCAAGGAGUAUAAAGAUGCAUUUAUGAAAGCAAAUCCUGGCUACAAAUGGUGUCCUACCACAAACAAGCCUGUGAAAUCCCCAACACCCAAUGUCAAUCCACGAAAGAAACUGUGGGCCUUCCCAUCGGACUCUUCAAGAGACUUGCCAAGCCCCAAGAAAGCAAAAACUGAAGAAAUGCCUCAACUUAACUUUGGAAUGGCUGAUCCUACUCAAAUGGGAGGCCUGAGCAUGCUGCUUUUAGCUGGGGAACAUGCUCUCGGCACACCAGAGAUGUCCUCUGGCACUUGUAGGCCUGAUGUUUCCGAAUCUCCUGAAUUGCGUCAAAAGUCACCAUUAUUUCAGUUUGCUGAGAUAUCUUCAAGUACAUCCCACCCUGAUACUCCUUCAAAACAGUGUCAAGCAUCAGCCUUGUUUCAGUUUGCAGAGAUUUCUUCAAACACAUCGCAGUUGGAUGGUGCUGAGCCCGUAAAACGCUGUGGAAAGUCUGCACUCUUUCAACUGGCAGAGAUGUGCCUGGCAUCAGAAGGCGUGAAAAUGGAAGAAUCAAAGCUAAUAAAGACAAAAGAAUCAGAUGGUGGAAGAAUUAAAGAAUUGGAGAGAGGAAAGGAAGAAAGAGAAAUAAAAAUGGAGAAAACAGAUGAAGCCAGAUUACAUAGAGAAGUAGAGUUUGAAAAAUCAUUUAAGGAAAAUGUAAGAGAUUCUAAGGAAUUAAGAAAUUUUGAGGAGCUGCAAAUGGAUGAUAUAAUGGCUAUAAAAAUGGAAGAUCCCAAAGAAAUUAAAAGGGAAGAAUUAGAAGAAGAUCAAAAGUGUAGUCAUUUUCCUGAUUUUUCUUACUCUGCCAGUAGCAAGAUAAUAAUAAGUGAUGUUCCCAAUAGGAAGGAUCAUAUGUGCCAUCCUCAUGGGAUUAUGAUCAUCGAGGAUCCCACAGCAUUAAACAAACCAGAAAAGCUAAAAAAGAAAAAGAAGAAAAGUAAAAUGGAUCGACAUGGAAAUGAUAAAUCCACACCCAAGAAGACUUGCAAAAAGAGGCAGUCCUCUGAGUCUGACAUCGAGAGUGUCAUAUACACUAUUGAAGCAGUUGCAAAGGGAGACUGGGGCAUUGAGAAACUUGGAGAAACUCCUCGCAAGAAGGUCCGCACAUCCUCAAGUGGCAAGGGAAGCAUUUUGGAUGCCAAGCCACCAAAGAAAAAAGUGAAGUCAAGAGAGAAGAAAAUGUCAAAGGAGAAAUCUUCAGACACCACCAAAGAGUCAAGGCCUCCAGAUUUCAUUACUAUUCCUGCCAGCAAGAACAUUUCUGGUGAGGUGCCAGAGGGUAUAAAAGCAGAACCAUUGACCCCCACGGAGGAGGCAUUACCACCCAGCCUGUCAAGACAGGCCAAACCUGAGGACAGUGACUGUCACAGAAAAAUAGAGACUUGUGGUUCCCGGAAAUCCGAGAGGUCUUGCAAAGGUGCUCUUUAUAAAACCCUGGUGUCUGAGGGCAUGCUCACCUCUCUGCGAGCUAAUGUUGAUAGAGGGAAACGAAGCUCAGGAAAAGGAAAUUCCUCUGAUCACGAAGGGUGUUGGAAUGAAGAAAGCUGGGCAUUUAAUCAGAGUGGGACCACUGGAAGCAAGAAAUUCAAGAAGACAAAGUCAAAGGAAGACUCUUUCCUUGGCUCAGCAAAGCUGGAUGAAGAAUUUGAAAAGAAAUUCAACAGCCUCCCUCAAUAUAGUCCUGUUACAUUUGACCGGAAAUGUGUUUCUGUCCCAAGGAAAAAGAAGAAGACUGGGAACAUGUCCUCAGAACCGACUAAAACCAGCAAAGGUCCUUUCCAGUCUCAGAAAAAGAACUUAUUCCACAAAAUUGUCAGCAAAUAUAAGCACAAAAAGGAGAAGCCUAAUGUUCCGGAAAAAGGAAGUGGGGAUAAAUGGUCAAACAAGCAACUCUUCUUGGAUGCUAUUCACCCUACAGAAGCCAUAUUUUCAGAAGACAAAAACACCAUAGAGCCUGCUCAUAAGGUUAAAAAUGCCCUGUCAAUUCCCAACACUCCAGAGCCAACAACGCAGGAACCCUUGGUGGGCAGCCAAAAGAGAAAAGCAAGGAAAACCAAGAUCACACACCUUGUCAGGACAGCAGAUGGCCGGGUAUCACCAGCAGGAGGUACUUUGGAUGACAAACCAAAGGAGCGACUGCUGCGGAGUCUCCCCAAAGUAAUGGAGACUGGCUGCCAUGACGAGUGUCCGCACAAGUGCUCGGAGGCUGCAGACACGCGGAGCAGCACUCCAGAGAUGCCGGCCGUGUCUGCGUUCUUUAGCCUUGCUGCGCUGGCUGAGGUGGCUGCCAUGGAGAAUGUACACAGAGGUCAGAGAUCUACUCCGCUCACACAUGAUGGACAGCCAAAAGAAAUGCCACAGGCUCCUGUACUUAUUUCCUGCGCUGACCAGUGAAGCGCUGUGUCAUUGUAAAACGUUGUGCUUUACCUACUACCCUAGCCUUGUCUUUACCGAGGGAUGCUAGUGAGUCCAUGUGGUGGGAAAUACAGACUGCAAACAAGUGCUUGUUGCCCAACAUGGCCCAGAUUCACUUGAAGCAGAAGUUAGCAUCCUGGGCCAGUUUGUUCUUUCGGAACCCAGAUUCUUUGAGGGUGAUGUUAUCUGUCUGAUACUGAGCAGAAACAGAACGCUCCUGGAGCUUUGCUUUCUAUUGAAGGCUUUUGACGGUAAUAGGUGGUAACUUGGUAAAAGGCUGCCUUUACUGUAGCUCAUCCAGCAUCUCUUUUACCAACCAGAGAGAGUGAAACUAGUUUCGUAUAUUACCUAGUUAUUCUUUCAAAACAAAAACAAACAAAAAAACAAACAAAAAAAAACCUGACGCACUGCACUAGUUAUUAUUAGAUAUUCUUAGUCUUUUUUGUACAUGGAGAUUUAAGUUCUAAGAUGGUUUAUAUAAUAGGUUAUACCUACAUUUAUAUUGUAGAGUAAUAUUAAAAAGCCUGUUCCAGAGACUCCCAAGCAGCACGGGCAGGCAGGUGUACCAUUGUUAGCGGUGUGCUCGGCCUCGUGGUCCAUAUAUUCUGCACUUUUCUAUUUGCCACCAGAGUGGUAGUUUGCUGGCAAAAAAUAGAGAAAAAAAAAUUACAAUUCUUCCAAGCUGAAUUCUUUUCUUAGCCUUGGGUGACCAAGGAGAAUUUGCUUGGGGCAAAUUAUGGCAAAUAUUUUCCCAGACAGGGGAAGUGUCCUGCAGAUUACAGAUUACUGAUGUUUUCAUGCCUUGAGGAUUCUUUUAUUUUUACACAGGGGUCAAGUGACCAGUGGAUCGUUCAUACAAGCAAACAAACAAAAAUAAGAGAACUAUUAUUCAGAAGUGACCUUAGUAUUACUUCACUAUUCUGAACACAUUGAAGACACUCACUUCAUGUGGACUUUGAGCUGCAGAUCUUUUACAUCCACCCCAGACAGACUGGACGGGUAGCAAUUGCUAUGCACAGCCUAAUUGGCACUGCAAGUUUCUAGAGCCAUUUUGAGUUUGUGUUGUGAAAGGAGGUAGGGAGGAAAAUGAUGAUGGAGGUGUGCCUGACCAGAGUGGAACUCUUAGUCACAGAUCCACCUGCAAGUUUCUCUUUCCUUUUAGUGUUUUGUUGUUUUUGAACAUAAAACCAACCAUACAUAUGCCAGUGCCAAAUGGAUUAACUGGCUUAGAACAUUCAACAUAUUGACUUAACCACCUGAUGUUCACAGUGUCUUGUUUCCUAGCAACAGAUGCACAGUGAUAAAUCAAAAUUAGUCUGAGGCCACAGAUUUUACAGGGUAUUUGUUCCAUAGCACAAAGUAUUUCCCCACUCUUGCAUCACAGCACAAACUACCAAAUUUUAAUUAUUGGAUUCCAGCAAUAAUUUUUAUUGGUUUUCAAACUGGCUGAAUUUUUGAUAGCAUUAGUUGGAGUUUGAAGCUUUUGGACUAGAUCUCUAAAUGGUGACAGUUUACAAGGUUUUAUCUAGCUUUCUUAUUUAUACUUGACUGAAUUGUAAUGAUUUUUUUUCUAAUCAUAAUUUGACCUAAUAGCCAUACAAAAAAAAUGACUCUAUUAGUACUGACUAGGUUUAGCUUUUUGUGGUUGUAGAUAUUACUUCAGUUUCGGUGCUGAAAAAUAUGUACAACAUACUAACAGAAUUGAAAAAGAAAAUAGAGAUUUUUUUUUUUAAGCAGGUAAAGAGGGCAGCAGAGUGUUAGAAUGGUGUCCUCAAAAUGUAAACUAAUUGUUGGCAUGGAGGAAGAAGGAAUUAGUGAGCAGGGAUAAUCAGAGGGUAAAGCUUAGCCCCAUUCACAGAGAAAAUAAACCAGGUCAGCAGCCCCAGGUUUUAGCAUAACGUGCUUACUAUGAUGCUCUUUUAUUAGUGUUUUCUAAAUUUCAAAACACAAAAUGAAUGUUUGUAAGUGGCUGGGGCCCGAAGUUGGUGGCUGUUGGUGUUUUGGACCACUUGCAAGCAGUGAUUUAAAAAUUAUAAUUAGCUGAAAUCCCAAAAACGGACCCAACAUCAAAUAUCAUCUGGUGCGGCCCAUGCACCUGGGCAGUGGUACUGACUUGUCGUUCUCUAGGACGCGUUAGAAUAGAUCUAUUUUUGCCAGAGCACCCUCCUUCAGUCCUCCGAUUACAUUUCACUAGAGUUCCUUAAGAAAUUGCUGUAUAUUCAUGGGACCUUUUUUUUAAAAAGAAGCAAAACAAGAUUACUUUUUUCUAUGUGAUUAAUAUCUUACUUGAUCUGCUUUUCCUAAACCUCAGUGGCUUUUCCCUUAGUCAGGGGUAGGGGUGGGAGGGCAACCUACUGGAUAUGACUGUUUUCAAAUAAUUAAAAAAACCUUUUUGUAGAAAUGCUUAAUUUUUAAGCGGUUAGGCACUGAGAGUAGCAGAAAUCCUGCAAAGCUUUAUAGUCCUUUAGACACUCGCCUUGUCGUUUCUCUGAGUCAAGUCUUGAUUUCAAUAAUAGUGCUUUUCUCUUGCCCUGACUCCACUGGACGGGGUGUUGGUAUUUUCAGGUAACAUUUGUUAGCACAAGUAUUUCAGACCAACAUGUAGUACCCCCUCCCCCCAUUUAUCAUUUUCAUUUCAUUUCUCUUGUUCUUUUUUAUUUUGGAAAAUCAUAUUGCUAUGGUGUGUACGUUAAUCUGCCAACAAACACCAUCUACACUAACACUUGUCCCAUAAGCAUCCUCAAGAGAAAAAGUUGUUGCACCUUAUGUAUAUCUCAAGCAAACCAAAAUAUGAUGCUCUUCUGCUUUGUUUUAUUCUAAAGUGUUGUAUCAUAUCUUUCUGAAACCAUUCUGAAUUUAGUUGAAAUUAUCAAUAUUUAUGCUUUUAACCUGAAUUUCUGUAUUCAAACCUGUAUAUAAAUCUUUUGAAAAAAAUUGUCCUAGCCCUUCUCUGUGAUGCUGGAAGUGGAUGAUUUAGUCUCAGAUGGAGACAACAGUACUGUUCCAGUUUCCAUUAGCCUUUUAUUUAUUUAGUUACUCUGGGUAUCUCCUAUGUAAUUUUGAAGUGUGUAGAGUAUAUUAUAGUAACUGAAGCUGCAGCUCUAAGAAGCUCAGUGAAAGAAAAAAUACUGUAUGACAUCCUUUAAGUUUUUAUUUGUUUGGAUACUGUAAUGAGAUCAGGAAAGAAAAAAUGUCCCACAGCCACAUUGAAGAUACAAGUUCUUAUCCCCAAAUUAGGUUAGUUUUAAAUCAAAAUGGUUAUUCAUUAAAACCCUUUUUUCAAAGGUAAAUCCUACUAUUGUAAUUCUGACACUUUCCCCACAAGUAUCAGAAAUGUGUGCAUGUAUUUCUGUCAGAUGAGCUUUCCACCAGUGCCGUCCCGAAGUCAUGCCGUGAUCCCUCCACGUUAUCACUGUUGUUCUAGUUCCUGCCGUAAAUCUGCUGGAGAAAAAAGGGAUGGAAAACAAUGAACAAAAGGAAGCAUCUGAACUGGCCUGGUUGGGUAGAAUCCAACAUGUUUAUUAAUCCCUGUCAUUUUCUUACUAAGUCAGAUGCUCGUCUACCUGCGUCAUAGAGAAUUUUGUUUGCGCUCUACAGUCUUUGGCUCAUCGUAUGGAAAUAUUUGCACCUAUGUAAAAUCUCGAGCAAACUAUAUGUUGACACAGAACCAGUAGAGGCUGAAAACUGAAGUUUUGCUUAUACAGUGUGUUUUGUGGGGAGGGCGGGCAAUGGGGAGUAUCAAAUAGCUCUGUUCUGAGUUUGGCAUUUGGCAUUAAUGUGAAGCAGUGGGACCAUGCUGUCUGCUGAACUACUGUACAAAACCCAAGUGUUCUGGAGCCCAGCGGCUGCAGGCCAGUGUCCCUGCGGCAAAGAAGAAGCACCAUGCUUCGUUGGAAAAAGGAAGGAAGUCACGUGAGGCCUGGAGUCGACGUUUGUAAAGGAAAGUUGAGGUGUAUGUGAUGCUGUUGAGGAGGUUCACCUUUGAUUGCACUGCUCCACAGAGCCCUUGCGUGAGGCCACUCCAAAUGGGCUACCUCGGCUUUAAAAGUUAUGUCAGUAAGUCCUGUUUCAAAGGUUUGUCUUUUUUGCUUCUACCUUCAGUGCCAUUAGUUUCCACUGCAGUGUUUUGGCUUCACAAACCGCCUUCUCCAGAACAAUGUAUUGCUGAAAACGGGCAGUAGAAGCAAAUGCUAUAAUUACAUUUGACCUAUAAAGUAUUCAGAGUGACUGCUAGAUGGAAAUUAAAAUUUAGCUCUCCCCACUUAGGACUUUGUUUUGCACCUUAUAAAGAUCGUUAAUUAGAUGUUACUUUUAUUUAUACAGACAUUCCCAAAGAAUUAGAUUUGAAUUUUGUUUUUAAGUUUUGGGAUUUUUUAAAGUUAUUUAGAUUGACUAACAUCAUAAUUAUAUUAACAGAAGAAACCAUUAUUUAGUCCAUCUUACCAGAUGUAUCUGGUAAAGUAUUCAGGGUUGGAUGGACUGCUGUGCUUUAGUUUGGAAGUGAUGUUAAGUUUAUUAUACCAUAUUAAAUGACCCUAUCCUUUUCAAAGGAUACAUUAUCUUUCUCACAUUUCAGUACAAAAAAGUAAGAAGAGUGAAUAACAAGACAGAUUUGAACCCCUCUUAUACCUCCAUCUAUUUGUGCUACACUUUCCUUUAAAAAAUAUAGACCACAACACAUUUUCUGCACACACAAAAGAGAGUUUCUUCUUCUGGCAAAUUUUACUUGUAGUGAUAUGAUUUAUACUAACACAUUGAAGAGAAUACUUUAUACUUAAAAUUUCUAUGGCCACUGUUACCUUGUUUGCAGCAUGUGGUCAAAAUUGAUCCUGUCCUCAAAUUGAUUUUUAUGCACAGAACUAGUUGUUGUGAACAUUGCUACUCCUUCCAAAGAUUUCCUAAGAACUUGGGCCAGAACUGGUUACUGAGUAACUGGACCUAAUCCGAUGCCUCUAAAUCCUCCCACCCGCCCUGCAAAUCUUACCUCACAAACUCUAACCUGAAUCACAGAAACACGACUGACUGUGUCAUGAACUAACACCCAUCUUAUUCUGCAGCCCUGGAGGGGCUGGCUUGUAUCCCCUGUCUCCUCACACUAGUGCAGAACUGGGGGUAGGGAAGGUUUGUGAUCUGGAGCUCCAUGCGUGCUCAGCAACAUUUUUCUCAUUUCAUUAGCAUACAACAAGUCUCUUGCUCUCAGGAAUUUGCCCCCCCACCCAAAAGAAUUAAAACCACCUGAGAUUCCACAUACCAGAUUAUAAACUUUUCUCAUAGGUUUAAAUUGCUUACUUACAUGUCACCAAUUAAACAGCCUUGUUUGACCACCUGGUCUUAAGUCUGUUGACAGUUUCAGCAUGAAUGAAUCGCUCAUUUUUUUGCUUUCAGAAAUUGGCUUGGUUCUCUUUAGAGUUGGUGUAAACAUGCCAUGUAAUAAAUGAUUUCCACUUAAUGGUACAACAGAAUUAUUGCUUUCUUAGAUGUAUGUGUAGUAAAAGUCAAUAUACACAUUUAUAUAAUUUCUUUCUUCAAAAUCUUAUACUUAAUUUGAUAUUUCUAAAAAUUGCACAUGUGAGUCAUGUGUAUAACAUGCUAAAGUACUUUAACUGUGAUCUUAAACUGAAUAAAAUAUUUAAUAAAAAUUUGAAAUAUUUUAAAGAUA